AUGGUAACAUGGGAUUCUAUAAAACCGAUAACUGUCAGAAAUACUAAGGUUUUGGGAAGAGCUGAUAUAUGGUUUUUCUCAAGACUCAAUCUUCGAAGGCUUGCUCACAUGGCUGGGACACACAGAAAUCAACAGUUACAAUUCCAGCAACAAAGUAAACAAUGGUUGAAUAUCAAUCUCAGGCAGAAAAUAAAUAUGGGCAAAAAGAAAAAAAUUAAUUACUUGUUUGGACAUUUUCUGGAAAGCUUUCAUAAUCUUUUAAAUACACACAAGCAUUGGGCACCUGAUGUGAGGCUUCACCGAGGUAUCUCUUCAGUUAAUAUUGUGUAG